AUAUGGCAGCUUAUUUUCGCACACUUAAUGAGGUAUGGCAUGUGAGGGUAUGAUUUUUGUUUAACUCUUUUAACCCGUGUGUUUAGGUAAGAUCAUGCAUUAAACAUGGAUUUUACCGAGGAUACAACUAGACAAGGGAAGAGACUUGGGGAGGAUGUCAUAUCUCAUUCUAUUGUUGAGAAGGCUAAGGAGUCAAUCUUUUCAGUCAAUACCUCCAAACCUGACUUGAAGUUGCUGAAAGAGGCUUAUGGCUUCUUGUCCUCUAGAGAGAAGCAUGACUUUGAGGUCCGAUUUGGGUGCAUCGAGGAUCUCUUGUCAAUGGUGCCAGAUUGGAACUUGUUCCGAGCUAUGUUGAAAUUCUAUUCCUGUAGUGGAUUCUUCUACUUUCACUCUCAAGCACAACAUAUGAAGUUCACACUAGAAAAAGUUCAAGAAAUGUUGCAAGCUAUGUGGGAGUUUCCAUUUGAAUUCUCACAACCAUGGGUGACAACUAAAGAUGAUUCUUAUGGGUUUGAUCGGAAUGCGACAUUAAUGGCUUUGGGAAAGAGAUUGAAGGGCAUUACAUCUUCUCAAAGAAUCAACUUUGUGGCAUUGGGAAUUUAUGGCAUGGUGAUCUUCCUUAUAUAUAUCAAGACCAUCACACCUAUGGUCGUAGCUUUGUUUGAGCAAUUGUCGCACACUUCGACAUUCAAUCCUGCUUCUACAGUGUUGUUCACUACAUGGGCACAUGGUCACUUGAGGGGUCCUCAAUUUGAAGCUUUAUUCAGUGUUCCUGUGAAAGAUAGAAAGACGGAGGAUUGGCAUCAAUCACUUCUAGUAACAACUGUUAAUGAUGUCGGAUUUGUUCUCCCGACUUGGAAUGUUACUCAGUAUCUUGCUCCACCCAAAAGACAUUACUCUAUUCCUUUGUUGGGUAUUCAUGGAGGGGUUACAUAUUCAGUGGAGUUGGCAUCUUCACAUGAGGUGUGGGAGAAAUGUAGAAUGCUACCUAUAUGGAAAGAGAAUGGGACUAGACCACAAUAUGAGCAAUGGAGAUCGAGUUGGAUAGUUAAGCUUUCUUUGCCAUGGGAGGUGACAAAUACGAAAAACUUUACCAUCAUGGACUUAAUCGCUAAGUUGGAACUUAGCCAUGCUCAAAGAUGUCAGUUGCUAGAGAAGUAUGAUGAGUUAGCUCUUGAUCAUGAAUUGCUUAAAAGAGGGAAGGAGUUGUUCGAUCAACCAGUGGCAGGGUUGAAAGACAAGAUUGCCUCUUUAGAAAGGGAUUUGGCUGUUAGUAAGGAAAUUUGUGGGAAGCAAACAAGGAGCUUGGAGUUUGUUGAAGAACAACAGAAAAAGUUGUUACGAGUAAAGGCGGAUCUUAAGGCAAAGGAAAAGGAGAACAAAGAACUUGUGGAGAAAAUUGCCAUGGAGGACAUGUGCUAUCAACUCCAAGUUGAGAAGCAAAAGAGCCAAGCUCUUGUUGAAGAGGACACCGGCUUGCGUGAGGUUGUCAUUGACAUAAUCGCUUUGGUGACUCAAUUUGAGGGAAAAAUGGCCAAGACUCGUCACCACAUUGCUCAAAGGGCCCAUCCGAUUGAGAGGGGAAUUUUCCAACCAGUCUUUGACUUUAUCAUUGACAUGUCCAACUUUGUACUAUCUAGGGUAAUCAAAAUGUUCGAGGAAAAUGCUGCUACUAAUCUAGAAAAAUUAGUCGUGGAUGAGAGGGUUGAUAAGUUGGAAACUACAAUGCAAACUAUGGCUGCUACUCUUCAGACCAUCAAUCUCACUUUGUCCACUUUGACUACUGGUUCGGUUCCUUCACCUGCAUCCUUAAUACCCACAAUACCAGUUCCAUGUGUCCCUACCAUCACACCAGGUAAUCAUGUUAAAGAUCCCAUGGUCACACAAUUGCAAUUUCCACAUAUUUAUGAGAAUCAGCCUUUAGUGGGGGAGUCAUCUUCACAUGCUCCACAAAUAUCAUCUCUGCCCUUUGAAGCCUCAUACCCACCAUUCGAGAUGAACAACCCUACCUUGCCCACAACCACACCUCUUACCCUUAACAUACCACCCUUGAUGGGCCAAGUGCCAACUAUUCAACUCAACCCCUCGGUUGUGAUGCUAAGGCCUGCUUUAGAAGAUGGGAAGUCAAGAAAGGUUGAUCACAAGCUGCAACAGUUAGAAGAGGCUUUGAAGGCUAUGGAUAGCUUGCAAAGAAUUACCAGGAAGAGUAAUGAGACCUUCAAAGAGUUUGCUCAAAGGUGGAGAUCCGAAGCAGCCAAAGUAAUUCCACCCCUUGCCAACAGUGAAAUCUACUUUCUCUUUAUCAAGUCAUCUACCGAGACCUUCCGUGCAUGGCAGUUAGAGCAAGCCAAGAUGGGAAGCUUGGGGUCUACUUCAAAGAAAUUUACACCUAAAGGGCAGAAAGAAGAUGAGGAAGCUUUAAAUCACAUUUUCACCAAUCAUGCCAAGCCAACCUAUAAUAGAAGGCCAAACUUUAAUACUCCACCUUCGGUUAGACAACAAUUCUCACAUGCAAUGAAGCCAAGACAGUUCAUGAGGCUUCCAAUUCCUUAUAGUGAGGUGUUGAAACAGCUAGUUGCAGUGGGUUUGUUGGAGACAGUGCAAGCAAACCCUGUUCAACCACCUUAUCCGUACUGCACAAUGAAUAUGGUCACUUUUGAUGGAGUUGAAAAGCCGGUGUUGGAGAAUACCAGUUCUUGGUCUUUGGAUGAAUUGUUUGUCAUUUUGAUAGAGUAUGAUUUGGUUCAGCCAAUUGAACCAACAAAUUUGAAUGCUUUGCCAAUGAUUAUUGAUGAUGCUUUAGUGUGUCUGUAUCACUCCAAUAUGAAGGGGCAUACUUUGCAAGAUUGUGGAGAUUUUCAAAGAAAAAUUACGGAGCUACAGAGAAUGGGAUCUUUGGAGCUUAUGUCUACUCUAGAAUCAGAGAAAUUCAUAACACCAGUGACUGAAGAAUACUUCACUAAGGAGAGGCCUUACAUUUUGCAAGAUACUACAAAAGCACAAGUCAUCAAUCAGAAUUCACAACAGCCUUAUGUCUUGAAGACCUCUCUUAGUGAGUCAUUCAUGGGAAAGACAUCCUUUGUGGCCAAUAGCCAUUUUCCUUACUCACUUAAGGUUAUAACUCAGCGCUCUACCUCUUAAAUUCCACAGCCAAUGAUGUGUCUAAUAUGACCUGCAACGGUUAGUGUUAUGUGAAUCUCGAAGUGGAAGAGUUAAGAAGGGCUGCCUUGAAAUCAAAAGAUAUCAAAAUU